AUGGCUACUCCCAACAUUUUCGAUCUGUAUCAGAUUCAGGAGGAAGAGGAAGUUCCCCUGGUUCGACGGAAAUCAGCCAAGAGGCAUAAUGACGAAUCAAGCCAAGGACCCCUGGCCAAAAAGCGUCGAACAGAUGAUCCUUCCAAGGACGGACCUACUGGUCAAGCUUCUGCUCAGCCUUCUGCUCCUGCUGAGAAGGAGGCUGCCCCUGCUGCCAAUCCUUCGCCUGCGGCCAUGCUGACAAUAACUGCCGCUCGUACCCGUGCCUUUGCUACCAUCGAGCAUGCUCGGGUAAAGGCCGUCGAGGAGUUUCAGGUGAAAGCCAUCGAGGAGCUUCAGGCUGUAGAAGCCAGGCACGCUGGAGAGUUGGAGGUGGUCACCCAGCAGAAGGAUGCUUUGGUGGCAAAGCUGGCAUGGACUGAAGCUUCUCAGACAGCUUUGAAGAAGCAGAAGGACGACUUCCAAGAGUCCAGUCGGAUCCAAUAUCGUGAAGUUAAGAGGCUUAAGGAGGAGCUCCUUGCUAAGGACAAGACCAUAGCUGUUUUUGAGAGCCAGGUGGAGCAGCUGAAGCUCACCAAUGCCAAAGAUCUAGAAAAGUACAAGAAUGAGACACUUCGGUUUUUUUAUGACUUUUGGAAACACAACCGGAGUGCCAACUUCAACUACCUUCCAGAAGAUGCCAGGAACGCUGAGCUAGCCUGCUGCACUGCUCGAUUGGCUGCAGAAGAAGAAAGAGCAAGGGUCCUUGCUUCCCUAAGCAUCCAGCCAGCUGCUAGUGCAGGGGAAGGAGGAGUUGUCGAGGAUGCGGCCAACCAGAAUGCUGAAAUUCCUCGUGUACCAUAA